AUGGUAAUUUUUAAAAUACUUGUAAAUAAACAGAGACUUUUUGUUAUUACAGUAGGUAUGACUAUUUAAUAUGUAAAUAGUUAAGAUCCAAAUGUGGGCUCCUCUGAAUGUCAUAAAGACAGAGAUACAUUUUGAAUUUUGCAUUGUAUAUUUUUUUUUCAUCCUAGCAUGUUUUCAUUCCUAGCUUUGCUUUUAGAGAUUCUGCUAUAGCUGUAAUUUAGAAUCAAGCAGUAUUUGUCAAUUGGUGA